AUGACAAUUGCAACACGACAAGAAGUCCUUGGCCUGUAUCGUACCAUAUUCAGACUUGCAAGAAAAUGGCAGGCAGCAUCAGGGCAGAUGGAAGACACCAUCAAAGAAAAACAGUACAUACUAAAUGAAGCCAGAACAUUGUUCCAGAAAAACAAAAAUCUCACAGACAUAGACCUUAUUAAACAGUGUAUAGAUGAAUGCACAGCCAGGAUUGAAAUUGGACUGCAUUAUCAGAUUCCUUACCCAAGACCGAUUCACCUACCUCCAAUGAGCCUCACCCCAUUACGAGGCCGAGGACUUCAAAUCCAGGAGAAACUGAGGAAACAUUCCAAGCCAGUAUAUCUCAAAUCCCAUGAUGAAGUUUUCUAACCCAGAAGAAAGUUUAUUUCUGAGAAUGAUGAGCCAAUUUGGUCUUGAAUGUAGACCAGACAACAGGACCUUUUUCCUUGAUUAGGAGCAAAAAUUGAAAUAGUCUUUUUCAAAGUUCCAAAUUAAUCCUUACCUAUGAUGUGUGCCUAUACACCCUUAGGGUUUCUCAGAGUCUUCCUGCCUGAGUGGAUGAAAUUAACCCUAGAGGUGAUGACUCUUACAUCCUGACUGAAGUCACCUUUGGAAACAAGAGUAAGGCCUGUGAGAGGAAGGCUGAAGUGCUUCAAGCUUUUCAUGAGAAUGCCAUUCACCACACAAUCAGCUGGAUGUAAGAAAGUGAGCCAUGUGCUGGAAGUUCGUUUGGCCAUUCUAAACUAUGUAUUGCCCUCAGAAUAUUUUUUAGGUUCUUUUGAAAAUUACAGAUUUGCUUAAAGUGAGGUUUCGUGUGCCUGGUGUUUGUAUGUGUAUGUGUGUGUGUGUGUGUGUGGUCUUUUGACCUUCUAAUUUCCAGACGAACUCCCCUUAGAAAGUGCAUCUGUGCACUGAUCAUGGUUUUUCAUGAAAAUUUUGACACACAUCCCCUCCCCCCAUACACAAAAGUACAUGCCCUAGUUAAGUGCAUGUAUGUUUACUUUAUCUUAAAGCCUGUGAUUACAUAAGAUGCACUUAGGAUCUGAAAAGCUUCCUUGAAACUCAUACUGCAUUAAUUGUAUUUUACUUUAUAUAAUUGAAAAAUACAGGGUCUGAGCUGACUUUCAAAAUAGAAAUGGGACAAAUACAGAUAAAAACACAAAGGCUUUGUACCCCUGCAUGUAUGGAAUUAGAUGAGAGUUCAUGACAAUUCAUUUGUACUUUAGUGUCAUUCUCUCUUACCUCCACAGAGAGUGGGCAUCACCAAUAAAGAUAA